AUUAUAAAUUCAUAAUUAAACAACUCAGAUUCAACCAGUUAUCGGAAUCCUGUUAAAAUUAUUGUUGUUUAGGUAUAUUUCUUUUCUUUUUUUCAAAGUUCUUGAGACCUAUAAACCAAACACUUUGUCCAAAAAGAAGAGAUCAAAUUAAAGUUUCUUCUGGAAAAAAAGAGAAUCGCAAAGGCUAUGAUGGCCUAUUCAACUAACCUUAGUCUUCCUCUUAAAACAGUACCAUGUUUUGUUCCAAAAACAUUAAGAUCAAAGACUUUGAUGGUGCUUCAACAGAGUCAAGUUCAAGUUAAAAUCAAACAAGUCACAGUUUCACAGCCUCAGCCGAUCAGAUACUCCACCAAGAACACCGUCUUUGAAGAUAGGACGCAAGGGAUCAUUUGUUACACAGAUGAUAAUGGAGAAGUCAUAUGUGAAGGAUACGAUGAAGGUCCUCGUUGUCCCACACAGUGUCCAAUGGUAGCUUCUUACUCAAGAGAGGUAGAGAUUCUUAAUCUUCUGCAAAGAAGUUAUCAGGAACUGAGCGGUGCAGAUAAAGAUAGCCAAGAACAGAUGAGUGCUUCAAAACCAGAAUUAAAGAUGAUCAACUGGAGCAGCUUUGACUUUCUCUAAGAUCUCUUUUCUUUUUCUUUUUCUUUUCUCUUUCUAAAACUCAGAACCUGUUCUCUCUUCAAAAUAGCCUCUUGAAUAAGAAUGUACAGACCAAAAAAGGCUGUGAAAGAAGCAGCUUUUUGCUUCUUUCUUGUUUCGAUCUUUUGUAAGAACACAAGCAUGAAUAUAUGUCCAGAUUCUAAAUUCAAUCU